GCUGGGCCCCUUCUGAUGGGAGGAUGGUUCUGCUCAGGCAGUUCAGGCUGCUGCUCUGGAAGAACUACAUCCUGCAGAAGAGGCAGAUCCUGGUCACGCUGAUCGAGGUGUGCCUGCCGCUGCUCUUCGCCGCCAUUCUGAUCGCGCUGCGGCACCGCGUGCACUCCGUCAGCCACCCCAACGCCACCCUCUACCCCAGCCAGUCUGUGCAUGACCUGCCCAGCUUCUUCUCCUCCCAGCAUGCCAGCAACCCCUGGGAGCUGGCCUAUGUCCCCUCCAACAGCAGCGCCGUCCGGAGCAUCGCCGAGGCGGUGGAGAGAGCUCUGCCCAUCAACAUCAGAGCUCAGGGCUUCCCCUCGGAGCGGGACUUUGAGGAGUACGUCAGGCUGGACAACCGCUCGGGCAGCGUCCUGGCUGCCGUCGUGUUCCGGCACCGCUUCCCUCACAGCUCGGCCCCGCUGCCCCUCCAGGUGGAGUAUGAGCUGCGCUUCAAGUACAGCCCAAGGAACGCCCCGCGGAGCGAGCAGAUGGGGCUGAACCCCAACCUGGACCGGGACUGGCACACCAGUUACCUCUUCCCGCUCUUCCAGCUGCCCGGGCCCCGCGAGGCCAAGUUUGCUGAUGGGGGCACACCAGGUUAUCUCCGGGAGGGAUUCCUGGCAGUGCAGCACGCGGUGGACAGGGCUAUCAUGCAGUACCACGCCAGUGCCAGCUCUGCCAGCCUGCUGGAGAACAUCACCGUGGUGGUGCAGCGCUUCCCCUUCCCAGCCUACGUCAAUGACCUCUUCCUCCUGGCCAUCCAGAACCAGCUGCCCCUGCUGCUCAUGCUCAGCUUCACCUACACCUCGCUCAACAUCGUCCGCGCCGUCGUCCACGAGAAGGAGAAGAAGCUGAAGGAGUACAUGCACAUGAUGGGCCUCAGCAACUGGUUGCACUGGAGUGCCUGGUUCCUCAUGUUCUUCCUCUUCCUCCUGGUGUCCGUGUUCUUCGUCACCGUGCUCUUCUGUGUCAAGGUGAGCGAACAGGGAGCAGUGCUCACCAACAGUGACCCCACCCUGGUGUUCACCUUCCUCGCCAUCUUCUCCAUCUCCUCCAUCUCCUUCAACUUCAUGGUGAGCACCUUCUUCUCACGAGCAAACGUUGCGGCUGCUGCUGGCGGCUUCCUCUACUUCUUCUCCUACAUCCCCUACUUCUUCAUCUCGCCCCGCUAUGACCUGAUGUCCCACAGCCAGAAGCUGGCAUCCUGCCUCAUCUCCAACGUGGCCAUGGCCAUGGGGGCGCAGCUCAUCGGCAUGUUUGAAGGGAAAGGGACUGGCAUCCAGUGGAGGGACCUCAUGAAGCCCAUCAGCGUGGAUGACAACUUCACCUUGGCCCAGGUGCUGGGGAUGCUGCUCCUGGACUCGGUGCUGUAUGGUGUGGUGGCCUGGUACGUGGAGGCUGUGUUCCCUGGGGAGUACGGUGUGCCACAGCCCUGGUACUUCUUCCUCACGCCCUCGUACUGGUGUGGGCGGCCCAGGACUGUUGUGGGGAAAGAGAAAGAGGAGGAGGAGGACCCUGAGAAAGCCCUGAAGAGUCAGUACAUUGAGGAGGAGCCAGCUGACCUCGUGUCAGGCAUCAAAAUAAAGCACCUGUCCAAGGUCUUCAAAGUGGGAAACAAGACAAAAGAGGCAGUGAAGGACUUGACAGUGAACAUGUACGAGGGGCAGAUCACUGUCCUGUUGGGACACAAUGGUGCUGGGAAGACCACCACUCUGUCCAUGCUCACAGGUCUGCACUCCCCGACAGGCGGGCAGGCCUACAUCAACGGCUACGAGAUCUCCCAGGACAUGGUGCUGAUCCGCCGCAGCCUGGGGCUGUGCCCCCAGCACGACGUCCUCUUUGACAACAUGACAGUGGAAGAGCACCUCCACUUCUAUGCAGGGCUGAAGGGAUACCCAGCCUCCAAGUGUCCUGAGGAGAUCAACCACAUCCUGAGGAUCCUCUGCCUGGAGGACAAGCGCCACUCCCUGAGCAAGGCUCUCUCCGGGGGCAUGAAGCGCAAGCUGUCCAUUGGCAUCGCCCUCAUCGGGGACUCCAAGGUGGUGAUGCUGGAUGAGCCAACAUCAGGGAUGGACCCAGCCUCCCGCAGAGCCACGUGGGAUCUUCUGCAGCAGCAGAGGAGCAACAGAACCAUUCUGCUGACCACUCACUUCAUGGAUGAGGCAGACCUGCUGGGGGACCGCAUAGCCAUCAUGGCCAAGGGCGAGCUGCAGUGCUGCGGCUCCUCGCUCUUCCUCAAGCGCAAAUACGGGGCUGGAUAUCACAUGGUGAUGGUGAAGGAGCCCUACUGCAACCUGGGAGAGAUCUCCCGCCUCAUCUGCCAGUACGUGCCCAAUGCCACCAUGGAGAGCAACGCCGGGGCAGAGCUGUCCUUCAUCCUGCCCAAGGAGAGCACCCACAGGUUUGAGGCCCUGUUCACAGAGCUGGAGCAGAGGCGGGAGGAGCUGGGCAUCGCCAGCUACGGCGCCUCGGUCACCACCAUGGAGGAGGUGUUCCUCAGGGUUGGGAAGCUCGUGGACUCCAGCAUGGAUAUCCAGGCCAUCCAGCUGCCUGCUCUACAGUACCAGCACGAGAGACGCUCCAACGACUGGGCCAUGGAUGACUCCAGCAGCCUGAGUGGCAUGACAGACAUGACGGAUGACAGCGGGGCGCUCAUUACUGAGGACUGCUCCAGCAUCAAGCUCAACACCGGGUUCUACCUGUGCUGCCAGCAGUUCUACGCCAUGUUCAUGAAGCGGGCCAUGUACAGCUGGCGCAACUGGAAGAUGGUGGCGGCGCAGUUCCUCGUGCCUCUGAUCUUCACUGCCUUUGCCCUCAUCGUGGCCAAGACCUUCCCAGGCCCACGGGACUCGUCCCAGCUGCGGCUGACGCUGGAGCCCUAUGGCCAGACCAUUGUACCUUUCUCGGUGUCGGGCGCCGCGAGGCUGCCACAGAGGCUGGCGGAGCAGUACACGGAGCUGCUGGAUGCCCAGCGUCAGUCGCCACUGGAGGUGCUGGGUGGGCUGGAGGAGUACCUCAUCUCCCGAGCCUCUGAGGAAGGAGGAGCCUUCAACGAGCACUACAUUGCAGCCGCCUCCUUCGAGGCCAUGGGGAACCGCACGCUGGUCACGGCGCUCUUCAACAACCAGGCCUACCACUCCCCAGCCACCGCCCUCAUGCUGGCUGACAGUGCCAUCCUCAGGGUGCUGGCAGGCCCCAACGCCUCCAUCACCGUCACCAACUACCCCCAGCCCCGCAACAUCACCGAGAAGGCCAAGGACCAGCUCAUGGAAGGCCAGACUGGUUUUGCCAUUGCUAUCAACCUGCUGUAUGGGAUGGCCUCUCUCUCCAGCACCUUCGCGCUGCUGCUGGUCAGCGAACGCGCCAUCAAGGCCAAGCAUGUCCAGUUCGUCAGUGGCGUGUACGUGGUCAACUUCUGGCUUUCUGCCCUGCUCUGGGACAUCAUCAACUUCCUCAUCCCUUGUGCUCUGAUGUUGGUGAUAUUCCAAGCCUUCAAUGUGCAAGCCUUCACCCAAGACAGCCACCUCGUUGACGUGAUGCUGAUCUUCCUCCUUUAUGGCUGGGCCAUCAUCCCCCUCAUGUACCUCCUCAGCUUCUUCUUCUCGGUGGCAGCCACGGCCUACACCCGUCUGACCAUCUUCAACAUCCUCUCCGGCACCGCCACCUUCCUCGCCGUCACCAUCAUGAGCAUCCCAGAGCUGGGCUUGGUCGACCUCUCCAAAACCCUGGAUAAAGUUUUUCUCGUCUUACCCAAUUACUGCCUGGGCCAGUGCAUCAGUGACUUCUACCAGAAUUAUGAGUUCAUUCAGUUCUGCACCUCCUCUGUUGAAGCCAUCUUCAUCUGCAAGGCCUUCAAUAUCAGUUAUCAGAUGAACUACUUUUCCUGGGAGACCCCUGGGAUUGGGCGGUACCUGACCUCCUUGGCCAUCCAGGGUUUCUCCUUCCUCUUCCUCCUCUUCCUCAUUGAGACAAACCUCCUCUGGAGACUGAGAACUCUGGUCUGUGGCAUCUGCAGGCGGCGGAAAUGGGUGGCCCUGCUGAACAGGGUGUCUGUGCUGCCAGAGGACAGGGAUGUGGCAGAUGAGAGGAAGAAGGUUUUGGAGUCACCACCAGAACUGCUGUCGUCUCUCAGCAGCCCUCUGGUCAUCAAGGAACUGACCAAGGUCUAUGACAGCCGGGAGUCCCUGCUGGCAGUGGACAGGAUCUCCUUGGCCGUCAGCAAAGGGGAAUGCUUUGGUCUCCUUGGCUUCAACGGAGCGGGCAAAACCACCACCUUCAAGAUGCUGACAGGUGACGAGAGCAUCACAUCGGGGGACGCCUUUGUGGAUGGCCACAGCAUUCUGGCCAACAUCAAGAAGGUGCAGCAGCGGAUCGGGUACUGCCCGCAGUUCGAUGCCCUGCUGGAGCACAUGACGGGCCGCGAGACGCUGAGCAUGUACGCGCGGCUGCGCGGCAUCCCCGAGCGCUACAUCGGCAGCUGCGUGGAGAACAUGCUGCGGGGGCUGCUCCUGGAGCCGCACGCCGACAAACUCGUCAGGACCUACAGCGGUGGGAACAAGCGGAAGCUGAGUGCUGGCAUUGCUCUCAUUGGUGGCCCCCCUGUGAUCUUCCUGGAUGAGCCCUCCACUGGCAUGGACCCUGUGGCCCGGCGCUUGCUCUGGGACGCAGUGACACGAACACGGGAGUGUGGCAAAUCCAUCAUCUUCACCUCCCACAGCAUGGAGGAGUGCGAGGCACUGUGCACACGAUUGGCCAUCAUGGUGAAUGGGCAGUUCAAGUGCCUGGGCAGCCCCCAGCACCUCAAAAGCAAGUUUGGUAGUGGAUACACCUUGCUGGCCAAAACCCGGAGUGAGGAGGAGGGUGAGCUGCAGGCCUUCAAGGCCUUCGUGGAGAAGACUUUCCCAGGCAGUGUCCUGAAGCAUGAGCACCAGGGCAUGGUGCAUUACCACUUGACCAACAAGAACCUCAGCUGGGCACAGGUCUUUGGGGCCCUGGAGAAAGCCAAAGAGAAGUAUCGCUUGGAGGACUACUCGGUGAGCCAGAUCUCCCUGGAGCAGGUCUUCAUGAGCUUCACUCGCUUCCAGCACUACACAGAGGACAGAGGGAAAUGAGCCCCCUGGUGCCCCGUCACGGACUGGCCCUCAGCCUAUACAUAGUAUAUAUAGAGACAGUAAUUUAUAUAUCGGCGUGUCUUAAAUACUGUAUCAAUGUAAACCUUCCCAGCAAGGGGUGAGGGGAUGACAGCGCUCCUGCGGCUGCCAGCACGGGUGUGCGUGGGUGUGCGUGUGUGUGCGCAUGUGACACUGCCACUCUCCAGCCUUCUUCAUCCAUACAGCAAAAAAAAUCCACCCAAAAAUCCGGGAGAGCCUGGAUGGGUGGAGAGGGGCAUUGGACUUGGGAUGGCAGAGGAGGAUCCCCUCUGCUCCCCCUUCCUUGCCCGUGGCUGACACCCAGCAGGAUGCACCCCGCGCUCCUCACCCGCAUGUCCCUGUGUUGUUUGGUGGUUGCUCGUGGUUUAGCAGGAGGCUGUCACAUAGCUCAGAUCCAAACCGUCCUUGGGGCAGCAGGAUGUGCUGGGAUUGCCCCUGGGAGCACUUUGUAUCCAGCCAGGGGGGUACAGCUCAGCUCCUGUCUGGCACCUGCCUGGCAUGGAAAGAGGAGGCUCUGUCUCCUUAAAGCGCCAGGGAAAACUGUCCCCUCCUGCCUGCUUGCCAAGCCUGGCUCGAGGAGCUGGCUCUGGCCCCAGCUGUGCAGGGGGAGCUGUGGUGCCAGGAGCUGGCACUGGGUGAGAGGUAGCAAUGGAGCAAUGCCAGAGCUCGGCCUCAGAACAGCACGUGAUGGGCACGGCUGGGAGCCAGACCUGGAGGCAGUGAGGGGUGCCCAGGGACACUGCAGGGACGGGUGAGAGGUGCCACAAGCUCCCUGGGGAUGCUGUGGGUUGAGGGAGAGGUGCUGCAGGGUCUUGGCUGUGCUCUGUAGGAUGGGUAUGAAGUGUCACAGGGUGCCCAGGGAUGCUGCUGGCCUCAGUGUUGUGCCCAUGCAGGGGUUCUGCCAGCAGCACUGCCCCACACUGUGCAGUGCAGCCACAGGACCAGCUUGAAGCCAGCGAUGCCCUCGCUGUGCCCGUGUCCUGCUGAGCUCACCUCUUUACACCCCACACAGCUCCAACCUGACCAUAUCUGUCCUGCAUCCUCCUCCUCAUGCCCUCUGCCCCUGACCAGGCUGUGCCAGCAGCAGGCAGGGAGCAGAGGCCCUAUCCUGCCCCUGCCUGGCUCCAGGAUGCUGCUGGGCACCAGCAGUGCCCAGCCUUGCCUGGGCCCAGUUGGAGGAGGCAACUCCUUUUUGGAGUUUCCCAGUGACUGGGUUGGGGUUUUUUUUGUUUGUUUGUUGGAAAUCUGUGUUGAUUCUUGUCUGUCCUUAACUAGUCCCUGUGUCACCUGGGGCAGCUGCCCCAUGAUCAAUGCAGAGCUAUUUGCACUAUAGUACUACACACAAUUGCACAUAAUUAAUAUUUAUGGCAAGGGGGGCUGAUUCCCUCCCAGUGAUUGCAUUGUCAGGGGUUGGGUUAUAUUUUUGGGUUGGGUUUUAAUUUUUUCCUUGUGACUGACUCAUUUAUUCCUGUUCCAUUUCUUUCCUUUGCCUAAUGUUGUUGUUCAGAACAAUGGUGCAUCAUGUUACUAAGAAGUUCCCUGGAUCUUAAAGAUGUGUGCUUUUAUUAGUCAGCAGCCAGCAGGUGAAUGGCCUGCUUAGACCCCUUGGAGUCCUUUGGAGUUGCUGGCAGGGAGGGAUUGCACCCUGGGAGCAUCCUGGUGGGCAGCAGAGCCAGCCACUGUCAGGGACCAUGCAGGGGGGAAUCCCAGCAGCAGGGACUUUGCCAGGGAGGGAAGAAAAAGGGGGGAUGCUUUUUGCUGGGAGGGUGGGCUGGCAGUGCCCUGGGCACAGCAGUAACUGUCCAUGUCCUGUUGGCUCUGGUGCCCCCUGCAAGGCUUGGUGCUGGCUGGGGACACAGAGGCAGCUUAACCCCCACUCUGCCCAUGAUGGCAGAGCUGGGGGGAGCGUCCACGGCAGGGAUGACAUCCCCUGGCCCCAGCCCUCCAUCACUCUGGGGCCACCCUGGCCUAAAGGAAGGAGGUGUUAUGGAAGUAGCAUUUCCCUGUCCCAGGGGCUGUAACACCCUGCCUGGCAGCGAGGCAGGCACUGUGGGCUGUGCAUGGUGCUGCUCCUGAUUUCAGUCACAGCCCCAGUGCCAGGUGUGCCAGCCUGGGGGUGGGAGCAGGACCAGGAGUGCUCCAUGGGCAGGUGCCAGGGGCACAGCUGCUGCUGGCACUGCUCUGGCCUCCCAGGUGGGAGAAGCAACACAGCUCCUGGCCAGCUUCUACUCCCCCCUGGCUGCAGUGUGGUUGUUGCUCCCAUCAUAGGAAUAAUAAAGAUGAUUUUUUUUUCCA